AUGUCAAUCGAAUUUAAAAAACGUAAAGUUGUGCAAAACCGACGUAGGCGAGCCACCUCGGAUAGUGAAAACAGUGAUGAAGAAAGUGCUGUUGUUUUAAAUGAAAAACGAAAUAAAAAAUCCAGCCCAUUCAUUCAAAGUACAUCAAACAAAAAGCUCAAAGCAUCUGAGCCAAUACACGAUUCUUCAGAGAGUGACAAUGAAUCUGUCGGUGUUUCAUAUCGUUCCAAAAUGGACACCGACAUGAGUGGACCGAAAGACAUGGGUGCAACCGCAACAAUUGAAAUUGAUACCGAACUCGACAAAGAUGCCCAAGCUAUCUAUGAACGCUCUUUGCAAGUGAAUAAAGAACUUAAAGGCAAAGAAGAUGACAAGGUUUAUAGAGGUCUAGCGAAUUAUACUCAAUAUUAUGAGAAAAAAGAUACGGCUUUAGGUAAUGCGUCUAGUGGAAUGGUACGCAAGGGACCUAUAAGAGCACCAGCUAAUUUACGUUCCACUGUUCGUUGGGAUUAUCAACCUGACAUUUGUAAAGAUUAUAAAGAAACGGGUUUUUGUGGUUUUGGCGACAGUUGUAAAUUUUUACAUGAUCGUUCAGACUAUAAAUUUGGGUGGCAAUUAGAAAUGGAAUCUACUCAACAAGGUGAUUCAGAUGAUGAUGAUCCAUCAAAGUAUGAAAUCAAAGAAAAUGAUGAUGAUUAUUUGCCUUUUAAAUGUUUGAUUUGUCGAGGGUCUUAUGUCAAUCCUGUAAUGACAAAAUGUAAACAUUAUUUCUGUGAAAAGUGUGCAUUAGCUCAUUUCAAAAAGAGCACUAAAUGUUUCGUCUGUGAGAAACAAACUGGAGGAUUUUUUGAUCCAGCUACAACUAUAAUUGAAAGACUUAAUGCAGCAAAUACAGACAUAAUACAUCAAUGUAAUUCAGAUGAAGAAUCGGAUUAA